UUAACCCAAAACCUCUUCUAAACCCCAUUAUUUUCUUUUUCCUUUGCCAAUUGAACCAUUGUUCUUUCAUUCUUUCUGAGUUUCUGUAGUUGAGGGGCAGGAGAGACAGAAAGAUUCAAAAUUGUGUAUUUAAUCAAAAUAUUGAAAAAAAAAAUUUGGUUGUUUAUUAUGCUAAAUAGGAUUCUUGAUGGUUUCAUACUUUCCCUUCUCAAGCCAUCUGCAAAUCGCCUCAAGGAAACCUUGCACUCUACUUGUUUGAAAUCAAUCAGGUUAGUGAAGUUAGCUCCUUUUACUAGUUCUGCAAGUGCAAUUUCCCCAUUUCUUGAUGAUUUUCCAUACGAAGAAAGUGAAGGCAAUAAUUCGCAUAGCUGUGUUCCUUGCGUGAGAAAAGACAAUGGGUUUUCUAAUCAGAGAUAUUGUCCAAGUUUACUAGAUAGUUAUACGAGAAGUGGGUCUAUCUCAGAAGCUAAAGAACUCCAAGGCAAAAUAUUGAAAACAGAUGAGACAAUUGGAACCCCCCUUAUCAAUUCUUAUGUUGGUAAUGAGGAUUUGGCUGGUUCAUUAAGAGUUAUCAAUGACACGCCUUCUAGGAGUAAAAAUGUUUCUGAGUGGAAUAAGUUGAUAUCUGGGUUUCAGAAUGAUGUUAGGAUUUUUCAUAUGUUCUCACGAAUGAUGAAUGAAAAUGUCCGUCCAGAUGGGAGUACAUUCGCCACUGUUCUGGGAGCUUGUGGUGGUGCUGAGAUUGCAUCUCAUUUUCAUGUCAUUGAACAGAUUCAUGCUACGAUUCUGCAUUAUGGUUUUGCUGGGAGUUGCAAUGUCUGUAAUUACUUGAUUGAUUUGUACUCUAAGAAUGGGUCGGUAGAUUCUGCUAAAAAAGUCUUUGAGGAUCUGCAUUCAAGGGACAGCGCUUCAUGGGUUGCCAUGAUGACUGGUUUCUGUCAGAACGGGCGUGAAAAAGAUGCUAUUUUUCUCUAUAAGGAUAUGCGUAAAUCAGGAGUUAUUCCUACUCCAUAUGCCUUUUCUAGUGUUUUAAGUGCCACCACCAAGUUGCUGUUACUUGAGCUGGGAGAACAGUUCCAUUCUAUAAUCUUAAGGUGGGGAUAUUUAUCAGAUGUAUAUGUGGGCAAUGCUCUUGUAGCAUUAUAUUCACGCUGUGGGGACUUGCUAUCUGCGGAGCAAAUAUUUUCUGAAAUGAAGCUCAGGGACAGAGUGUCUUAUAACACACUAAUAUCAGGCUUCUCCGUGCAAGGAUUCAGUGAGAGGGCUCUUAAACUGUUUGAUAAAAUGCAAAUUGAUUCUAUAAAGUCUGAUUGUGUUACAAUCGCGAGCCUCUUGAAUGCUUGUGCAUCAUCAGGGGAUCUUCAGAAGGGAAGGCAACUGCAUUCAUAUGCAACAAAGGCAGGCUUAUGUUCAGAUAUCAUUAUUGAAGGAUCUAUACUAGACCUUUAUGUCAAAUGUUCUGAUAUAAAAACAGCCCGUGAUUUUUUCCUAACAACCCAGAUGGAAAACAUAGUUUUGUGGAAUGUUAUGCUAGUGGCUUAUGGGCAGAAGGGGGAUUUGAAUGAAUCGUGUCGGCUUUUUGCCCAGAUGCAGAGUGGAGGACUGCAACCUAAUCAAUACACUUACCCUAGUAUAUUGAGAACUUGCACAUCUGUGGGUGAUCUGGAUCUCGGUGAGCAAAUACAUAGUCAAGUCAUAAAGACUGGUUUUCAGCCAAAUGUUUAUGUUUGUAGUGUGCUUAUCGACAUGUAUGCUAAGCAUGGUAAAUUAGAUGCAGCCCAGAAAAUUUUCAGACGUCUCAAUGAGGAAGAUGUUGUCUCCUGGACAUCUAUGAUUGCUGGAUAUACUCAGCAUGACCUAUUUGUUGAAGCAAUACGACUUUUUCAUCAAAUGCAGGACCACCAUAUUCAAUCAGACAAUAUAGGAUUUGCAAGUGCCAUCACUGCAUGUGCUGGAAUUCAAGCACUCAAUCAAGGGAGACAAGUGCAUGCUCAAUCAAUCAUCUUUGGCUAUGCAUCAGAUCUUUCAAUUGGCAAUGCACUUGUUUGCCUAUAUUCUAGAUGUGGUAAAGUGCAUGAUGCAUAUGUGGCGUUUAACAAGAUUGAUUCAAAAGAUAAUAUUUCAUGGAAUGGGUUGGUAUCAGGAUUUGCCCAGAGUGGAUACUGUGAGGAAGCAUUAAGAGUUUUCUCUAGAAUGAAUCAUUCUGGAGUAGAAGCUAACAUGUAUACAUAUGGGUCUGCUGUUAGUGCAGCUGCUAAUACAACAAAUAUUAAACAAGGAAAGCAGAUUCAUGCUAGGAUGAUAAAAACUGGUUAUGACUCAGAAACAGAAGCUUCCAAUGUGUUGAUCACAAUGUAUGCAAAAUGCGGAAAUCUCAGUGAUGCCAGGAGAGAGUUCCUAGAAAUGCCUUGCCGAAAUCAAGUUUCAUGGAAUGCCAUGAUUACUGGCUAUUCACAACAUGGUCUUGGCAAUGAAGCAAUAGAACUCUUUGAAGAAAUGAAAAAUGCAGGGGUGAUACCAAACUAUGUCACCUAUGUUGGUGUUUUGUCAGCCUGCAGCCAUGUAAGGCUGGUGGACGAGGGGCUUAGCUACUUCAAGUCUAUGAGUGAAGAUCAUGAUUUAGUACCAAGACCAGAGCAUUAUGCCUGUGUUGUUGAUAUUUUAGGACGGGCUGGUCAAUUGCAGCGUGCAAGAGAAUUUGUGGAGACUAUGCCCAUUGCACCUGAUGCAAUGGUUUGGAGGACCUUGCUGAGUGCUUGCACAGUUCACAAAAAUAUUGAAAUUGGAGAAUUUGCUGGCAACCAUCUCUUAGAAUUGGAGCCUAAAGAUUCAGCAACUUAUGUUCUUCUAUCAAACUUGUAUGCAGUUGUUGGGAGAUGGGAUCAUCGCAAUUGCACAAGGCAGCUAAUGAAAGACAUGGGUGUCAGGAAAGAGCCUGGUCGCAGUUGGAUUGAAGUUAAAAACAAGAUUCAUGCAUUUUUCGUUGGUGAUCGACUACAUCCUCUAGCAGAUGAGAUUCAUACAUUUGUAGAGGAAUUGAAUAAACGUGCAGCUGCAGUUGGUUAUAUACAAGACUGUCACAACCUUUGGAAUGAUUUGGAGCUGGAACAGAAGGACGCAACUGCAUUUGUACACAGUGAGAAGUUGGCUAUUGCAUUUGGACUUCUAAACUUGCCAGAUACAAUUCCCCUAUGUGUGAUGAAGAACCUUCGCGUCUGUAAUGAUUGCCACAACUGGAUUAAGUGUGUGUCUAAGGUUGCAAAUCGAGCCAUUGUUGUAAGAGAUGCCUACCGUUUCCACCACUUUGAAGAUGGUGAAUGUUCAUGUCAGAACUUUUGGUAACAAGAACCAUGGAAGAAAUGAAGAAUACUAUGUGAAAAGAGGGUGUGCCAGUUCAGUGCUAAAGGAUGAAAUUAAAUCCUGCAAUGUGGGGUUGGAGGGAGUGGGGGACCUUUCUCUCUGCUCAGGAUACCUCUCAUCAACUAUGACAGAUCUAUUGGAAGGAUUUAUUCUUGAAGAUUCUUCAUCCAUCAUACUAAUCCAUAGAAUGACAACGUCUUGGCAACAGUGUUUUGGAAAUAGUAUUGAAAUUUAUCGGGCUCCUUCUAAGAUAAUUGUUUUAGUAGGCCCCAGAAGUUGCCUUCCAACAUGAGAAUGGCACAGGAUGAAACAUUCUUGGUGGUUCUGAUAAUCCUUCAAAUGCGGACCGAACUUAUUUGUUUCUGCUUCUUGAAAGGCGAUUGCACUUCUUUAUACACAGGGUACUAGGACGAGGAUACCUAGGUUGGUAUUGGAUGAAUGGAUGAUUACUCUUCUCAGGCCAAUUGUCAGGUCAAUCCGGCAAAUCCACCCCCUCUCAU